GAUCAUUGGCUAGCUGCACCUAUUCAGAUCUGGCAGAUCUACAUCCAUUCCCUGAAAAGAGUAGACAUCAGUUGCAUCACAGGCCAGCUGACCCAAAUGUCCUUGGUUCUACGGGGAACACAAGUGGUGCGGAAAGUGAGAGCUUAUAGUUCCCAUCCACAAGAACUGCAGGUUGACCCAGAGAGUGUAUUUGUGCUGCCUCCAAAUGGAAUCCAGGAUCUGCAUAUUGCAGUGCGUCCUCAAAAGGCUGGAAGCAAAUUCAUCUAUCUCAAUUUGGUUGAUGUUGAUCAGCAUCAGCUUGUAGCCUCCUGGCUGGUCUGUGUACUAAGCCGGAACCCAAUCAUUUCUAAGGCUUUUGAAAUAACAGUGUCUACUGGAGAGAAGGGCUGUAACAAAAGGAUAACUUACACUAACCCGUAUCCAACCAGGAAGAGAUACUCGCUCCAUACCAACAGGGCCGAUCUUCUGCAGUUCAAGGAGAACACCUUUGAGGUUGGCGCUGGUGAAACGUACACGAUUGGGUUGCGCUUUGCGCCUAGCGAGAGCAGCGGGCAGGAAGAGAUUCUCAUAUUUAUCAAUGACCACGAAGAUAAAAAUGAAGAGACGUUCUGUGUGAAGGUCAACUAUGAGCAAGCAAAAAAGAAAGGUUCUUUGAAGGUGUAGACUGAAGGUGUUAUCCAAGAGUCUAACAGACCUCCCAGAGUGGCCGACCCGCAGUGGAGAUCAUACUUAUCUGGUUCCCACCGCUGGGUUCGGUGCCUAACACUCCUGGAAAAGCUCCAACAUCCAUCGAUGGGGGGGGGGACACUUGACCGCUGCAGCCAAUCACAGGCUGCAGUGGUGGCCUUUUCCCCUUGCCUCAUGACAAGUGGCCAUAUGACUAGAAAUUCAGCUUUUACCUGGAUUCUUGAUGGCUUAUGUCUCAACCACCAAAGUUUCACUUACCUCAUUGCUGAUACCCCUUUAUGCUCAAGCAGGUCUCUGUGCCCAGCAUUACUACCUUAUUGACAAUGUCAUCAAACACAGGAGUCUGUAUAGAAAUAACGCCUCCUGUUGGUUGCCACGCCUUAUUGCACUGUAUGCUGACACUGACCAGCAGGGGGAGAUAUUGUCUAUGCAAACUCCUGGACAUCUUGAAAUAGGGUUGUAUCAGAUUAGAAAAAACAGAGCUGCUUUCUUUCACAGGUUGUAUGUGAUAUUGCAGAUCAGUUCCAUUGCAGGGAAUUUGGCUAAGUUGCAGUCCCACACAAAACCUGGGGACAGGUGUGGUGCUGUUUCUGGAAGAAAACAGCCAUGCUUUUAUAAUUCUGGAAAAUUAAUUUAAGGCCACACUCUUGGGAUAGUGAUUCCUGGAGCAAGCUUUGAAGCUCAGAUCUGUUGUAGGUUAGUGGGGGAUUUCAGAAUCUGUGAUGAUGAGGCAAGUUGAAACUUUGGGGACGGUUGCCCUAUGGUGAAUAACUUUGAGAAGUUUAACUGUACUCUGUUGAUUUUUAGGCGUAUAUGUGUUGUGUGGUUUUCAUUGCACUUUUGUUUCUUGCAAAUGAUUAAAAGUUUUAUAUUGUAUAAAUAUAUAUUUUUAUAAGAUUUAUUUAACUUUAUAAUUGUUGAAGUGCUCACUUUGUCUACAGCGUAUCAA